GACGAUAAUCUAUGAAUGUUGUUUGUAGUCGUCAGAUGUCUUUGAGUAACGUUACAGUGAAGAUGUAAAGAGCAGAGGCACAGAGGAGUCACUGGACAACUUUGAAGACAAGAGUCACUGUAAACUGUACUCACCAAGAGCAGACAGAUUAACCCCCUGUAACUGUUGCAUGAUGCAGCAUACUUUGACUGGAUGACACAUCCGGGUCAGUGAAGUGCCUCUGUUUUUCUGCUGGACUGAACAUUGACAUUCGGAAGCUGCUCUGUAACCCAGCACAUAUUUUUUUAAGAGUCAAGCUAUUAGUAAACUAAUCCAUCAUGAGUGCCCAAGUGGAGGCAGAUGUCCGCACCAUAUCUCCUGAGAUGCCGGCCAUGUUUGAUGGCAUGAAGCUGGCUGCUGUAGCCACGGUGCUGUAUGUCAUAGUGCGGAGCCUGAACCUGAAGUGUCCCACGGCAGCCCCUGACAUCACCUGUCAAGAUACCCCUCUCAAUCGUUACCUGCUCAAGUCUUGCCCCAUUCUAACCAAAGAGUACAUCCCUCCCUUGUUAUGGGGAAAGAGUGGACAUCUCCAGACUGCUCUUUAUGGGAAGAUGGGAAGGGUAAAGUCCCCUAAACCUUGUGGGCUGCGUAAGUACCUGCCUAUGCCUGAUGGAGCCACUGCCACCUUUGACCUGUUUGAGCCACAAGGCGUCCACAGUACAGGAGAUGACAUCACCAUGGUGAUCUGUCCUGGGAUCGGUAACCAUAGUGAGAAGCAUUAUAUACGGACCUUUGUGGAUUACUCACAGAAACAAGGCUACAGGUGCGCCGUUCUCAACCAUCUUGGAGCGCUACCAAACAUCGAGCUGACUUCCCCAAGGAUGUUCACCUAUGGUUGUACCUGGGAGUUUUCAGCCAUGGUGGGCUACAUUAAACGCACAUUCCCACAAACUCAACUCAUCGUGGUGGGCUUCAGUCUGGGAGGGAACAUCGCCUGCAAGUACCUGGGUGAGAAUCCAGCCAAUCAGGAGCGAGUGCUGUGCUGUGUCAGCGUCUGCCAAGGAUAUAGUGCUUUGAGGGCUCAGGAGACAUUUCUACAGUGGGAUCAGUGCAGGAGACUAUACAACUUCCUCAUGGCGGACAACAUGAAAAAAAUAAUUCUAUCUCACAGGGCAAGUUUAUUUGGUAUGAGCUCUAGCAAUAUGGAGGCUGCCGACCUCAGCCGCCUGUAUACAGCCACUUCACUCAUGCAGAUUGAUGACAACAUUAUGAGGAAGUUUCAUGGACACAACUCCCUAAAGGAGUACUAUGAGAAGGAAAGCUGUGUGCAUUAUAUUCACAAUAUCAGCGUUCCUCUCCUCUUGAUGAACUCUUCAGAUGAUCCAUUAGUCCACCAGUCACUGCUGACGAUACCUCGCACACUAGCAGAAAAGAAGCAAAAUGUGAUCUUCACUCUGACACUACAUGGAGGUCAUCUCGGCUUCUUUGAAGGCGCUGUUCUUUUUCCUCAACCUCUUUCCUGGAUGGACAAAGUCAUAGUUAGUUAUGCCAACGCUAUCUGUCAAUGGGAGAAACACAGGCCGCAGUGCCAGUAGGAAAAAUAAUGCCUUGUGCAACACUAAGCAUAACACUUUAUGGUGUUCUCGUUUUCUCUGACUUGAGGUUAGAUGAUGGUUUCUAAAUGUCUGACUUACCAGAGUUUGCUCUGACCUUCAAGCAGGAAUUUGAGAGAAAGCACAUAUGGUAAUAAAUUACACUUACCAUAAGUUGAGUCAGAUGUCAAUGGUGUAUCACUACAAAGCCUGACAAACUGUGCAGAGGGAUUCAUAAAAUGUUUUUGAAAAAGGUUAUAGUGAACCUUGGGGAAAAAACAUACUUGGUAAA